GAACCAUACAGACUUCUCGAUACGGCUUCGAGCUUCACUGGACGCGGGGCGGGGGCUGAGUAAGUGGCUGCCCCGAGACACCACGACGACAGGACGACGAACGACGACCACGACCACGACACCGACAACAUCGCUCGCCCCUGCCUCACAACCGACAACCUCAUCCGCCACCGUGUCCAGUACAUCACAAGCGUGCUUGGCUUACUGGACCGACAACGACCACCUCCCAUAGGAGCCACACCGGAUACCAUCCGCCGACUGCAAAGGGGGUAUACAGCGCUCGCCCACAUGAUCAGCCGCAAGCAUGGUCUCGGAACGCAUCUACGACCUGUGCAGGCCUGUCCUGGACGAUGAUGAUCUGGGUGAAGAAGACAAGGUGGAGAAGCUGGAGGAGCUCCUGAGCGGUGCCCCAGUCUCGCUCAAGGGCAAGGCGCUGGAGGAUGCGGUGCUGGGCACGCUCUGGCAGUGGAAGAGCAACACCGAGAUGAGCUCUUCGCCACCAGCCGUUCGCAAUAUCAACGUCGUGCGAAGCAAAUCACCCGCCCCCUGGAUACAGCGAGCCUCAACUCCCGCUUCUGGCAAGAGCUCGCCGCGCCCAGCUACUGCAACACCUUCUGUGCCUCCUGGAUUCGGCCGCCCUGCCCUGGCACGAACCAAAUCGCAAACCGGCGUCUACUCGCCCUUUUCAUCACCAAAACCGUCUCCGAGACUUCCCCUGGCCACUCCCGCUAUACCACACAGCCCCCGCCUCAGUGCAUACCAAUUCAGUGACAAUUCGUCCCCGAAUACAGAAAACUAUGGCGACUAUGGGAGCGACAAUGUGGACUGGAUUGUCGGUGACGACGCGAGCAGCCAGACCAGCUUUGGCGAUUCAGCCUUCAAUAGCUCUUCCGACUUCAUGUCUGCGUAUGAUAUUCAGAUGAGCCCUUACGACAUGUUACGCUCCAUUUUGCAGGACAACAAAACCGACGACGAGUUGGACCAGAUUCUCAUGGCGAAUGGCUAUGACUUGAGCGAGACUGUCAAUUCGCUCAUGGAUGCCCAGAGUGGGGCACCGGACACUGUGGGCGUAGCGACGCAAGAGCAGCAGAGCCGUACCUUCUUGGUCGGAAAGGACAUGACAGCCGCUUCGAGGCCUGCGACUCCACCUGGACAGCAGAAGUCGCCCACUGUAUGUCGAUACUGGUUAGCAAGCGGUCAUUGUGCUCGAGCCGACUGUCGCUUUGCACAUGAAGUGCAGAACCAUCUAUGCAAGUACUGGCUGGCCGGAAAUUGCAUCGCAGGGAACUCCUGCCUUUUUUCUCAUGACCCGUCUCUUCUCAUGCAGCAGCUUAGUAUCGCAUCCGGUUCGAAUACUCCUCAGCAAUUUGGACCAAACUUUCAGCUACAGGACUUCGACAGUUUCCCAGCAUUGCAGCCCACGACUAGUAAUCCCUACGAAGAGAAUCAAAGCAUAGAUGCAAACACUCUCAAUGCGGCACUCCUCCAGCAGCAGCAGAACUUUGCUCAGCAGACCCCUGGCCUAUUUCCCACCUUCGUUCCGACGGGACCACGACAUGCCAGUCGUCCUGGCUCCCGGCACAGCCAGAGAAGUCACAACAACCGCCCUUCCCCCUCAGGCGCCAGUCAACCAAACUUUCAAGACGACGAAGCCUUCCCAACACUGGGCUCUGCCGCCCACAAGCCUGGUGGCAAGCGCCACCACGGAAAGCGCGGCGGACAUGGGCACCACAAUCAAGGACAGCCCGUUCAACAGGCAGGCAGUCUUGCAGAUGUGGUCCGCAUGUCUCCUUCACCGGGCCCUAACAAUGUACGUGACGCCAUGAGGCGAGGUCUCAAGAAUAACAGGUCAUUCACUGCCUCUCGCGAAAACUCCGCUGCGGCCAUGGCUAUUGCAGCACCGAAAGAGAUCCCUUGGCUUGAGACUGGUGACAAGGUGAACUCAGCGUACAUGAAAGCACGACAGGAAGCAUUCAAGCAUGGUGGACUUCGUAACAAGUUCCUGCAAUCUGCUGCUCAAGCAUGGAAUAGGAAUGACGCUCGAGGCGCGAAAGCUCUCUCACUCCGCGGCCAAAACGAGAAUCAACUCAUGCGAGAAAAGCAUCGCGAAGCCGCACGAGCGUUAUAUGAAGAAAGAAACAAGACGUUGGCAGCUGGAAAAGAGCUCUAUGUCGACUUGCAUGGCUUGCACCCAGAAGAGGCUGUGCAGUACUUGUCAGACUGUCUGAAGGAGCAAGUGAAGAGUACUCGUCCCGUCUAUGCCAUCUGUGGGACAGGACAUCACAGUAAGAAUGGCAAAGACAAGGUUGGUAAAGCCAUCAGAGCUUUUCUGAACGACUGGAGGUAUGCAUUCAGAGAAUUCUCUGUUCCUGGCGACCGGAAUAACGUUGGUGGCAUUCUCGGUAUCGACCCAACAUCGUUUGACAAGGAUGCGCCCAAGAGGAGUCCGCUCAGCUUGGGCGAUGGGGACAGUGGUGUGGGACUUGUCGAUGAGGCGAAGAGGGAAAGUACGAAGGUGCAAGUCGUGAGCGAAGAUCCGAGAAAGGUAUCAGCGAGCGCACUGAGGAGAGUUGAAGUUAGUGAUGAGGAUGGAAGUUGAAUUCCGUUUUCUGAUAGCUGAAUAAGUAAGGAAUACAGACUUUGCAGACCAUCUCUCUCUCUCUCUCUCUCUCUCUCUCUGUGUGUGUCUUUUGUCCGAAGUAAGAAGGAG